AUGUCGAGAUAUGAAUUUAUGACUUCUGGUGACCCAAGGCAACCCGGUGAAAGUAAAUGGAAGUAUCAUAUUCGCAAGCUGUUUACGAGAAAGACCCUAACAAGUCUAGAUGAAGAUAGACAAAAUUCUACGCUUGCCAAGACCUUAA